GUCCGGUCUGCGUCCUGACCUCGAAGCCUCGGGCAGAGCGGCGACAUGACGGACCGCUACACCAUCCACAGCCAGCUGGAGCAUCUGCAGUCCAAGUACAUCGGCACGGGCCACGCCGACACCACCAAGUGGGAGUGGCUGGUGAACCAGCACCGGGACUCGUACUGCUCCUACAUGGGCCACUUCGACUUGCUCAACUACUUCGCCAUCGCCGAGAACGAGAGCAAGGCGCGCGUGCGCUUCAACCUGAUGGAGAAGAUGCUGCAGCCCAGCGGGCCGCCGGCGGACAAGCCCGAGGAGAACUGAUGGAUGCGAGCGCGCCCCGGGCCUCCCCGAUCGUCCGUGCCGUGCGCCGCGCCUGACCCUGCUCACCUGUGGGCCAUUCCCAACAAGUCACCGAGACGCCGUCGGGACCCCUGGGGACGGGACUGUGCGGGAGGAGCCACCCCAGACUCAGCAAGCCAGGGGGGAACGAGACGGCCCGCACGGGAGUGAUGACGCCUUUCGAGCCCGCCCGCCUUCCCGUCGUUGCUUGUCGUUCUCACCGUCUUUAUAAAGUUUAGGAUUUGCCCGA